GUCGUUUCUCCUGUAACUGAACUUUUCUGCUUUCUCCGGGAUUUUCUCCAACUUAAAUCAUUUACAGAUAGAGAGCUCGACCAGAUAACAGGGUGAUAAGAUCCAGCGAUGGCUGCGCGGAGAAUAUUCAGUUUCUCGACACAUCUCAACAUGGCGCAGAUGUCCUCAACUCCGUUGUCGUGCAAGCUGUUGGUAUGUGGCGGGGGCGCUGGAGGUUGCAGCAUUGCCGCCAAGUUCGCCUCCAAGUUGGGCCCCGGGGGAUGUGUGGUGGUUGAGCCCAGCGACACUCACUACUACCAGCCCAUGUGGACUUUGGUGGGUGGAGGACUCAAGAGUCUAGACCAGAGUGCCAGACCCAUGGCCAACGUGCUGCCCUCCAAGGCCACAUGGAUCAAAGACUCUGUAGCAGAAUUCCGUCCCGACGACAACAAAGUCGUCACGUCCAACGGCACAGAGAUCAAAUACGACUUUAUGGUUGUCGCGUUGGGUUUGGAAUUACGGUACGACGCUAUCCCAGGGCUUCAAGAAGCAUUAUCGAUCGAAGACAGCGGCGUGUGUUCCAACUACAGUCCCCAGUAUGUGAACAGGACAUUGAAAUGUGUUCAAGACUUUCAAAAAGGCAACGCUAUCUUUACGUUCCCCAAUACGCCCAUCAAGUGUGCCGGAGCUCCGCAGAAAGCUGCGUACGUUUCUGACGCGUUGUUCAGAAAACUGGGGAAAAGAGAGAACGCUAAAGUGAAAUACAAUACUUCCUUGCCGAAUAUUUUCGGGGUGAAAAAGUACGCGGACAGACUGUGGGAGGUGUGCAAAAAGAGAGACAUUGACGUCGGCCUUCGCACUGAGCUCAUCGAAGUUAAACCUAACUCGAGAGAAGCUGUGUUCAAAAACAUCGACAACCCUUCUGACGUGAAGACGGAGAGUUUUGAAAUGCUUCAUGUCACUCCUCCCAUGAGUGCCCCAGCUGUGCUGAAGAAGACGCCUGAACUGACAGACGCCGCGGGGUACCUGGCAGUAGACAAGGAAACUCUCCAGCAUAUCAGGUACAAGAAUAUCUUCGGCAUAGGGGAUUGUACGAAUCUUCCUACGUCCAAAACAGCCGCUGCAGUCGCUGGCCAAAAUGGUGUCUUGGGAAAAAAUCUGGCUGACGUCAUGGAAAACAAAGAACCGACCAAGAAAUACGAUGGAUACACUUCUUGUCCGCUGGUGACUGACGUCAACAAGUGUAUAUUGGCGGAGUUUGACUACAAUCUUCAACCUUUAGAGACUUUCCCCAUCGACCAAGGCGUGGAGAGGUAUACCUCGUUUUGGCUCAAGAAGGAAGUGAUGCCGCUGAUUUACUGGCACGGUCUGCUGAAAGGAUACUGGAACGGCCCGGGAUUCUUCAGAAGCUUGUUGCAUUUAGGAUUUAAGUAAUCGAAAACGUACUUGAUGAUUUUGAUGUACAGUGUAAUUGAUCAUGGUGCUAUGUGUAAAUAUUGUAAAAUUAAAUUAAAACUAUACAUGGUUUAUGUUAUUACAAAUAUAUAUUAUUGUUAAAGAUA